GCCCUAAGAAGAUGUCUAGUUAAUUAAUAUUGAUCUACUCCUGAAUUCUCCCCGUUUUGGUCAUUUCUCCUCCAUAUGCCUUCCGUUCCCAAGCCCUAUUUUGAUAUUAGCGCAGUCGAGGUCACUUCCAAAUGAUAGAACAACCGCUCCCGUCAUCUCAUGACAAAAUCAACCCGACAACCAUCGCAAAAACGACCCCAGGCCCCAGCCACCCGCCGAAAGCAGCAUCCAGCCCCUUCGCCGCGCCGCUCAGCUGGUUCUCAUCCUGCUCCAGCGCGGGCGGCGUGGACGAUAUGUCGUUGGGCAGGACGAGGGGCGGCAGCGCCGAGAACGACGGCGUCUCGAACACCGUGACGGGCGUGACGGACUCGAGGCCGGGGCCCUGCUGCGUCGUCGUCGUCGUCGUCGUCGUCGCCGCCGCCGGAGGGAAGGAGGGCGAGG